UAUAGUAGGUGGUCUCACUGUCAGAGGCAGAAAGAGUCAUUUUAACAGGGACAGAGAAACAGAAGGCAACCAGACUCACAGAGACCAGCCCGUUGGAUCAGCAUGAUGGGUUGUAAUGUGUUUCUUCUGCUGAAACUUCUACUGAUUUCAGAGUUUCACAGCCACUGUUCAUGCCUUUCACAUCAGUACCAUUUUGAAAACAUAAACCUGACCUGGACUGACACCCUGGCUUAUUGCAGAAAAUACUACACUGACUUGGCUACUAUUGACAAUAUGGAGGAAAUGAAAAGACUCACUGAGUCUGUAUGCACUGAUUAUACUGGAAAGGCUUGGAUAGGACUGAAUAAAGUAAUAUCAGGGAGAUGGCAGUGGUCCUCAGGAGAAGGAGAUACCGGGUACACCAACUGGAAUAACGGUAAACCAGACAACUUGGAUAAGAAGAACCACUCUCCCACCAUCAAAAAUGGAAUAAAUGCUACCUGGAACUUCACCUGGAUUGAAUCACAAAUGAAUUGGCCUGAUGCUCAGAGCUACUGCAGACACAGUUACACAGACCUGGCCACUGUGAGGAAUAAAGAAGAUAAUGACUUGAUAUGUAAGAUGUUUAAAAAAGGCACAUGGGUGUGGAUUGGCCUGUUCCAGGACACAUGGGAAUGGUCAGACCAGUCAAACUCCUCAUUCUGUAACUGGAAAACUGGUCAAAAUGAUAAUGUGGAUAACACAUGUGCUUUAGCACAGGUCACCUGGCCUGGGACAUGGGAUAUGACACCAUGUGAUGAAAAGCAUCCAUUCGUAUGCUAUGAUGAAAACCUGAUCUUGGUAAAUAGUAACAUGACCUGGAAUGAAGCCCUGAAUUACUGCAGAACGCACCAUUCAGACCUGGUGUCUGUCCACAAUGAGAAGAUCCAGUACUGGGUCAGUAGGAUGGCUGAGAAGGCCUCCACUGAUCAUGUCUGGCUGGGGCUGCGCUUCUCCUGCUCCCUGAACUUCUGGUUCUGGGUCAGUGCAGAAAAUGUCUGCUACCAGAACUGGGAAACAAACAACUCUAACAUCUGUGGAAACGCAGGGGCAGUACAACCUAAAGACCCACAUUACUGGGUCAGCCUGCCUGAGACUGAGAAACUUAACUUCAUCUGCACCAAAAGGCAGGCUGGUCCAGGAACACAGUACCUGCAGAAAUUGUCAAAAUGUAUAAAUGUGUAACUGUGCAGAUGAAGUUU